CGGAGCUAUUACGCUAGAACGAACUGAGAUCCUCUGCGAUGGCAAGAAUGGAUUACCUUUUUAUCAACGUUGUCUGUCUUCUUAUAACUGCCAGAGCAGUUGAUAGUAUAUCAACUAAACAGACAGAACAACUUUGUGGCGAAGACGCUGUUUUGACUUGUACGGCAUCACCCAGACCUGGAGUCUUAUACAGAUCUAUGAUAUGGUACAAGGUCACUGGAGAGCCCUCUGAAAAGCUGACUGGUUUACUGAUGAAGAAGCUGACACAAAAUAAUGACACAGUUUUGAGGUACAAAAGCUGGACACGACAUGUAGAGCUGUCUGAGGAUUCCCUGGAUCUAUUUCUGCCCAAUGUGACUGCAGAGGAUACUGGGAAAUAUAGAUGCUUCAUGGCAGCUCCUGUGGGUCAUCAGAACCAGGAGGGAGAUGUCCUCCUCACAGUCUAUGGUUGUCCAGAAUCCAGGAGAAAGGAUACAUUAUAUUUGGUCUGCGCUAUAGUUUUGCUUGUGGUGGCACUGCUCCUGUUCACUAUAAGUUAUGUUUGCCUGAGGAAUACACUACAUAACAGCAAGAAACUCUUCAAGACAUCCCAUCAGUCAAAGGAUUUGAUCUAUACCAUGGAUUCAAAACAGUCAGGAUCCAAGAUUUUUCCAGAGGUCUGUGUGUGAUGAUGCUGUGAUGAAGUCACCGAGAAUUGAAUGGUAACAUAACAGUGCAGUGAAAGAAAGUGAGGCUGACCAGAAGAGAUGAAUGGAUGCCUCAGGAUCUUGGCUCUCUACAUCUUCAACAUGGGAGCAUGAAAAAAGAUCAGUGUGUCAGUGUGGAGUACUGUUGGUGUUGACGACCAAAGGAGAGAAGGAAAGAACAAGAGAAGGCUUUCAAGAAAACACCAGAUACUGUGUGCUUGGUGCUGGCCAGAUUGAGGAACGGGGACAGUACCUUGAGAGUUUGGGGUUUUCAUU